UAGAGAAGUUAUAAUUUAGAAAUGUUUAAUAGCGUUUAAAUGUCCGUCAAAGGACUAGACUUCGACAGGAUCAAGUCCAUUAAGUCACUAUUUCUAUCUUUAUGAUUCUCCAUCAAGAAGUUGCAAUUCAGCAUUGCGGUGGGCGUAGACCAUGUCGCAACUAUUCCCCGUAUCAGUGCCUCAUACCUUUAUGCCAGGCGGUAAUGUUUCUAUGUGCAUUUGCUUGGCUGGCUUCUCUCUUUCAUCGCUCGCUGCUCCAGCAUUUGAACGAAUCGCUAUCGCCGUAGCUGCGGGCUUUGCGGUCAGCAAUUGGGUGCGCGUAAGCAGUUCGUUCGUUGGAGAGUGCCAAUGCGCCUACCGAAAAUAGCUGGGAGUUUCACAGACGGCUAGCAUUUCGGUGACGGCCGAGAGACUCCCUGGGGUGGAUUUUAUCUGGGAAGCUGUCGAUCCUGCGGUUAGGUCCGGCGGCGUUCCCACAGAAACCACGUAAAUCGACCUGCCUCCUUACUUCCACUGUUGGAAGUCCGGGGAAAGAUAGGGAGCACGUUGUUUACACCGCGCGCAUAAUUCUCGUCAAGAUGUGUGCAGGCAGAUACUUGUGUGUUGAAGAUGAAAGGAGUAGCAAAAACAGCGUGUCCAAAUAAAGGAAGAAGUAUGUGUACCGAAGCCUGGAGACCAACUUAUGACCGACAGGAGACUGCCAAAAUGCCAAAGGAGCAGUAUCGGUCGACGGGUGAGACUGUCGAAGUUCGUCAGAUGGCGUUUGGGGUUCAUACACCCGACGAGAUUGGCGCGAUGUCUCAUAUUCGUUGUGUCAACAAAAGUCUCUACAAUCAAGAUCAGUCAAAGGGAAGACAGGCUGCUCCAUUUGGAGUUCUCGAUCCUAAGCUGGGAACCUCAAAUCGAGCCGGCGUUUGUGAGACGUGCGGCAAAGGUUUGACAGAUUGUCUUGGACAUUUUGGCUACAUUGAUCUCGAGUGUCCUGUCUUUCACGCCGGCUUCUUCCGUGAAUGCAUCAAUAUCUUACAGUGUAUCUGCAAAAAUUGCGCCAGUGUCCUACUUUCCAAUGAUGACAAAGCUAAGUUUCGGCAGCGGAUUCUUUCGCGGCAGUUGGACUACGUGGCUAAGAAACAUAUGCAUAAUGAGAUUCUUGACAAAUGCCGUAAGAUGCAAGGCAAAGCCUGCCCACAUUGUACGUACGUGAACGGAUUCGUGAAAAAGGCAGGCAUGCUGAGAAUUAUGCAUGACCGGACGCGCAAUAAGAUUUCUCGCAAAAAAGUUAAAGGAGAGGCUGAGGGUGAUGAUGAAGACAAUGAAAAAAAGUCGGAUGACAAAGAAAUUGAUUCAGUGGAUGCCACCAAAUGUCUCCAGCUGUUUGCGCGCGUUCCGGAGCACGACGUCACUCUGCUUCUGAUGAAUGCUGACAUUGGCCGACCAGAAAAUUUGAUUCAGACUCGGGUUUUAGUUCCACCGCUGUGCAUCCGACCAUCAGUAGCUUCAAGCUUUCGUGCUGGCACGAAUGAGGAUGACCUAACAGUGAAGCUGACUGAAAUGAUCUUCUUGAACGACGUUAUCGAACGCCAUCGACAAACAAAUGCCAAGCCUCAAAUGAUCGUCGAAGACCGGGACUUCCUGCAACUUCAAUUCGCUCUUUACGUCAAUGGCGAAAUGAGUGGUGUUCCACAAAACAUGGCACCAAAACGACCAACCAAGGGCAUUAUUCAGAGGUUGAAGGGAAAGGAAGGUCGCUUUCGCCAAAAUCUGUCAGGCAAACGCGUCGAUUUCUCGGGGCGCACGGUCAUUUCGCCUGAUCCAAAUCUGCACAUCGAUCAGGUUGGCGUACCUGUGCAUAUGGCAAAGAUUCUCACAUUUCCCGAAUUAGUUACCCGUCACAAUUUAGAGCGGAUGCGUCAACUUGUUAAGAACGGCCCUGACGUCCAUCCCGGUGCUAACUUUAUCGAAGGCAGAAACAAGAUUAAGAAGUUCCUCAAGUACGGUAACCGCGAACAGAUCGCUCAAAAUCUUCGUGUUGGAGACACGGUUGAGAGACAUCUGUGCGAUGGGGACGUAGUCCUUUUUAACCGACAGCCGUCAUUACACAAGCUGUCCAUUAUGGCGCACAAAGCAGUUGUUCUACCCCACAGGACGUUGCGAUUUAAUGAGUGCGUUUGCACGCCAUACAAUGCGGAUUUCGAUGGCGACGAAAUGAAUAUUCAUAUGCCACAAACGUACGAGGCGCGUGCUGAGGCUAUAACGCUCAUGAUUACUACGGCAAAUAUCGUUACUCCUCGCAACGGAGAACCACUUAUUGGAGCUAUUCAGGAUUUCAUUACAGGUGGUUAUUUGUUAACACACAAAGACGAGAUGUUUGAUCGCGAUACGGCGUGUCAAUUAAUCAGUCAGUUGAUUGCUGGAAGAGAUUCCGGAACACUUGUGGAACUGCCUCGACCAGCAAUACUCAAGCCGCGCGUCUUGUGGACUGGCAAGCAAAUUUUCAGUCUAAUUCUCAAGCCCUCCAGAGAGAGCAAUGUUCGAAUUAACCUUCGUGCAAAAAACAAGAAAUAUACGAAAAAUGAGGAUAUGUGCGCCAACGAUAAUUACGUAAUCAUACGAAACUCGGAACUUCUAUGCGGACGAAUGGACAAGGGCACUAUGGGCAGCGGAUCAAAGAACUCAAUCUUUUACCUGCUUCUUCGAGACUAUAAUGCCCAACUUGCCGCUGACGCCAUGUGGCGAUUAGCCAGAGUAGCUGCCUACUUUCUCUUGUCAACCAAAGGCUUUUCCAUUGGAAUUGGUGAUGUAACCCCCGGACCUAGUCUGGUAGCGCAGAAGAAGGAACUUGUUCGAGUAGGUUACACAAAAUGCUCAGAGUACAUCCGCAAGUUAGAACAGGGUACAUUGCCUGCUCAGCCUGGUUGUUCUGAAGAACAGACCUUGGAAGCGCUCUGCCUCAAAGAGUUGUCUUCGAUCCGAGAUAAGACUGGAAACAUUUGCACAGAAGAGCUUCACCAAACCUGUUCACCUCUUAUAAUGGCAUUGUGCGGAUCAAAAGGGUCAUUUAUCAACAUCUCCCAGAUGGCUACUUGCGUAGGACAGCAAGCAAUAUCCGGUCACCGUGUGGGUAAUGGCUUCGAAGAUCGAUCGCUCCCACACUUCGAGAGGAAUACGAAGGACCCUGAUGCCCGUGGUUUUGUGGAAGACUCAUUCUUUUCAGGCCUAACUCCAACCGAGUUCUUCUUCCAUACGAUGGCGGGACGGGAAGGUCUUGUUGAUACAGCCGUGAAAACUGCAGAAACAGGAUAUAUGCAACGUCGUCUGAUUAAAUCCCUAGAGGAUAUGAUGUUGCACUAUGACAGCUCCGUGCGUUCAUCAACCGGCGACGUCAUUCAAUUUGAAUAUGGCGCAGACGCUCUCGACCCCGCUAUGAUCGAAGGAAAAGAUAACGUCGUCGAUUUCAACAGAGUUUUAGAGCUGACAAAGGCCCUAUACCGCUGUCCUGACGAAGAAGCUGCUGAGCCAGAGACACUUAUGAAGCUCGCCGAAUCCAUCGUAUCUGAGAAGUGGUCCUCUGGCGAUGUUAAACAGUACUUCAUUGAUCAAGUGUUGCGGUAUAUUAAAGAUAUGACAACUAGCAUAAGUCGUUCGUGGAACAAAUUCGGAAUCACAAAAAACACCCCAGCGAUCUACAAAGAGCCGUGGCGCCAAACCAAAACUCAGCUUAGGGAGUUUCUCAAAACAUGCCAUAAAAAAUACCUUCGAGCUAAGCUGGAACCGGCUACCGCUGUAGGAGCAAUCUGUGCUCAGUCGAUCGGGGAGCCUGCCACUCAAAUGACCCUGAAAACAUUUCACUUUGCCGGUGUGGCUUCAAUGAACAUUACCCAAGGAGUGCCUCGUAUAAAGGAAAUUAUCAACGCAUCGAAAGCUAUUGCUACUCCAAUUAUUACUGCAACUCUGCUCAAUGAAACUGAUUCAGAGUUUGCUCGGUGUGUGAAAGCCCGUGUGGAACAAACAACCCUAGGCGAAAUCUCAGAAUACCUGGAGGAAGUGUAUCUACCACAAGAGGUCUUCGUGCUCAUCAAACUUGCUAUUGACCGUAUCCGACUUCUGCAACUUGAGGUUUCCGCGGAUACAAUUAAGUAUGCGAUUUGUUUAGACAAGAAAAUCAAGGUCAAACCUAAUGACGUUAUCGUUCAAUCGAAUUCUGUUAUCACAAUUCGCGCGUCAAAGACGCCGACAAAUCAGAAUUUGUCGCAUAUUGUACAGGAGUUGAUGGUUCAUUUGCCCCAGGUUGUAGUCAAAGGAGUGGCUACUCGUGCGGUUAUCCAUUGUGACGAUUCAACGCCAGAUCGGCCGAUCUAUAAACUUCUCGUAGAAAGCGAUCGCCUUCUCGAUGUCUUAAGCACAUAUGGUGUUAAACCUGAACGGAGCGGUUGCAACAACAUCCUCGAGGUAUCAAAGGUGCUAGGUAUUGAAGCGGCCCGGCAGCAAAUUAUAACAGAAAUGCGGGAAACGAUGGAGGGACACGGUAUCUCUGUCGACAUGCGCCAUCUAAUGUUACUAGCCGACCUGAUGACUCGAACUGGCGAAGUCGUUGGUAUCACACGGCACGGCCUCGCGAAGAUGAAAGAAAGCGCUUUGAUGCUUGCCUCAUUUGAGAAGACAGCCGAUCAUCUAUUUGACGCCGCUUAUUUUGGACAACAUGACGACGUUACGGGUGUUAGCGAAUGUAUCAUUCUUGGAAAACCGAUGCGUCAAGGCACAGGUUUCUUUAAUCUCGUCCACGAUUUUCCCCGUAAACCACCGGCGCCGGCAAGUCUCAUCUUCGAUAACCCCGAACUCCACACUUCAUUAUUCGUAACAAGUGCGGCAACCUAGUCCUGGAUGAGUAUUCAUAGCGUUCUAUAACCAAGUCAACGUUAAGAGUCAAUUUUUCGGUGGGAAUGUUAUUGCAUGGGGGUUCGGACGUAGAUGCCUUGUAAUGUAAUAUAUACGUGUAAAAGUAAAAGCUGACAUUGUUAGUGUGUAAACGAAAUAUGGUUUAGAUUUGUGUGGAAAGAAGCAUCACACACAUUAACUACAAAAAACGGAAGAAAAGUGCCUAUUGACCCAAACUCUAACAUUGUGUAUUGCAAUCAUUAUUUUAAGCUAGGGUCAUAGAAACCUUCUGUGGCUACGCUUGUGCAUGGAGGGUGAUAAUUUGGUAGUUGUUGUGAUAAUGGUAAUGGUAACUGACAACGACGACGUCGCUAGAAAUUUAAUGCUGAUAUUGAUUCAUGAAUGUUGCAUCUCGGAAACGCAGAGUAAGCAAUUUAAAAAAAUGAGGGAAAAUGCUUCUGUCAGUUCGAUUAAGUACGCGAAUUGAUCAUGUAGUUAUUCUUUGUAAAUUUUUGCUAUGGCUAACUUUACAGCGAUUUAUGUUGAUGUUAGAAUUGUUCGCUAUUGACCGAAUAAAACUACCUCUUUGUAUGUUUUCUUUUAGUUAUAAUACGCUUGUGUUCCAUUUUUGUAUCACUAAAAAUGACUAAGCCAAAGACUGAUUUACAAGAAGCGAUCUACGUCCUCCGUGUAAUAGGAUAGGAUCUUACGCUACAUUCCAUGUAGCCCCAACAUAGCUGGCGGGACUUGGAAAGGGUCUAGAAAUACGAACAAUAUUUAAUGUUUUAAUGUAAGUACUUUGCUUCAUUAGGGGUUGAUUCUAUGCGUGUGCAAAAGGAUCGUUCGGUGCGUUAAUAGUAUCUGCAUUAACAUGUUGUUUGUAGUGUGGUUUUGUUAAAACAACUGCCCAUUGUCGAAGGCUUGUACUCUUGUGAUAAAAUUUAUCAACCGGUCACAGAUCCGUGUGAAUGACUUAGUAGAUUACUUAAAAAAAAUUUAAUUUUGCGAGCAGUAAUCCUUUGGGUUGACCUUGUGCUACUGACCAUUUAGUAGGCUUUCUACUUACAAGACAAAGAGCCCACAGUAAUAAACAAUAACAAUACCCCUACAGUUGAAAAAGAGCUGGCACGGCAAUUGUAAAGACACUAUUAUUACAGACACAUAAUAUCUUGGUACUGAAAUGGCCUCGCUAUCGUUAAUAUUGAACCUCUCUAAUACUCUAUGUCAAUAACAGUACUUGGUUCCUUCUUGUUCUGUUUCCCACUGUUUGCGAUUGGUGAAUUGUCGUCCGACUGAGAGAAGCCUCGUACCUAAUGGGGUUGCCCUCUAUUCUCUACCGUCGUGUUACACAGGUUGUAUCAGCAACUUUAGGAAAAAGAUAUUAUUUCAGUUUUCUAAGUCAAAUUUAGAGGGAAUAAUUAUCGACUAGAGUUGUUGUGUCAUACAUUACUAUAAAGUGAAUAUUCAAAAAGUUGUGUGUAUGUCAUGAAAUAUAGCUACAGCUGUGUACUAGUUAGCAGGCUGUAAGCGCUGCAAGGUUGGAUUUUGGAUUAUGACAAAUUAGUUAAUUAAUGGUAUCCAUUAGCUUGCGUAGUUUAUACGCGCAUUCCGUUCAUUUUCGGGGAUUUCAUUAUGUAUUUUGUGGCGUGUCAUGGUACUCACAUCCACUUAUUGCAGACGAUCCACUUAUAUCGCGUACAAGAUUGUAAAUUCGCAAGAUGCAUAAACUUUAGAUAUGCUCUAGUGAAAUCGGUCAUUGCAGAGGUCACGACUUUGCAACUUAGAGUGAUUCUGGACGAAUUUUGAUGUUUUGUUUUAUUACAGGAAAUACUGUCUGUGCGUAAAUUCAAAGUCCUAUUUUCAAAAUGUAUAAUACAUAAAUCAAAAUACAUAUUAAAGAUUUUGUUUUCAAAAAGAAAGCCAAAGCUGCUUUUCUGGUUUAAUCCAUCCUAAAAUAAAAGAAACACCUAUCCCGAAAUCUGUCGAAGAAACGUCGACACGCUGUUGGAUUGAUUAUUGGACGAUCUACUUUUUGUUAGAUACUUAAAAGCGUUUAUUUUGAACGAUGCGACUCUUCCUAGGCUCGUUAUUAGGUAAUCGCGCAGGCUGUUCAUUCCACGACAUAUUAAAUACAAUUGUUGUACACGGUUGCCUCGUGGUAGAAUAUCCAGUAGUUACCUAAUGACUUUACAGAAUGGCCAAAUUGGUUUAACUCGUAACUUGUCUGACGUGUUGCUGCUGAUUUCGCGGGUUUCAUUUAUUUGUCCCCCAUGCCUUCUGUUUUCAUUAUUACUAAUAUUACUACGAACCCUAUAAUAUAAAAUAAUAAUAAAAGAAACCGAAGUUGCAUAAAUCAAAAUACUUGCCGAGAGCU